AUGAAAAAACUGCGACACAAACAUCAGCACAAAGUGACAAAGAUAUAGGAAGACAGAGCAAAGAUCUAAUGAGAAAGAAAAAGAAGCAAAAGGAGUAAUGGAAAGACGGGGAAAGAGGAGGAAAGGAAGGAAGGACAGGGGAAGACUGAGCAGGGAGACGGAAACUACAACAUCCACACUCCCUUGCGGGUCCUCGCGAUCUCCAAGGCAACCGAUACUAAACAAGAUGGCCGCCUCCGGGACUGCCACCCGGUGACACGUUUCUCCAUCUCUGGGGCUCCCUUGGGGAGCUUUUCUCGCCAGCCGGAAUCAUGUCGUCCGUUGAUCUGAGAAAUAAUCGCUCUUCCACAGUGACUAACAAUUUCCCAGUGGGGCAAAAGCUGCCAAGCGGCUACUCCAGCGUCUCCUUCUUCCUACAGCAGCUCUUCCACAAUGAUCCUUCACUGCGUUUAGGCUACAGCUACGAGGAAGAAGACGAAGAGGAUAACGCGGAGGCGGAGGAGGAAUCUUCUGAGUCUGAGGAGGAGAUGGUAGUUGUUGAAAAUGAAUUUGAUGGAGUACUUAGAGAAGAAGCUGUGGCUGAAGCACUCUGUAAAUUGGGCCGCUCAGGUCCUGGUACUGAACAAGUCUACCUCCAUCUGUCAUUACCAAAUGCUGACUUAAUAGAUGUUAACAUUCUUUGUGGAUAUGUUCACCUAGAGAAGUUGGAACUUUCACAUAAUAAAAUUAAUGAGUUGACCUGUGUUAGUUUCAUGCCUUAUCUCAUAGAACUCAGUGCUUCUCACAAUGAGUUGACUACAUUUUUUGGUUUCAAGCCACCUAAGAAUCUUAAGAAGGUGGAUUUUUCAUUCAACAAAAUUCCUGAAAUGAAUGAUUUGUUUAGGUACAAAGGGCUUACUAGACUUAUACUGGAUCAUAAUGAGAUAAAGGAGAUCAAAGGACUAACAAAUUGUAGUGCUCUGAGUCACCUUAGCUUGGCACACAACAAAAUCACUAAAAUGGAGGGCUUUGGCAAGUUACCAAUCAAAAUACUCUGUCUGAGCAACAACCAAAUUGAGGAAAUAUCUUGUUUGGAAAACCUUAAAAUACUACAGAACCUGGACUUAUCUGGUAAUAAAAUCAGUAGAUUAAAAGGCUUAGAAAAUCAUGACCUUCUGGAAAUCAUCAACCUAGAAGAUAAUAAGAUUGCAGAGUUGAGUGAAAUAAAACACAUUGAAAAUCUGCCACUUCUACGGGUACUAAAUCUUUUAAAAAAUCCUCUUCAGGAUAAAUCUGACUAUUGGCUCUUUGUUCUUUAUACAUUACCUCGACUAACAGAACUAGAUAGGAAGAAGAUUAACGUGGAAGAAAAGGUUGAAGCAGAGAAUAAGUAUGCACCUCCCCCUGAAGUAGUCGCCGCUCAAGACCAUCUGAAGAACAUUGUAUACAGCAUGAUGCAGCCUCAGAGAAUCUUUGAUAGCACCUUGCCUAGCCUUGACGCUCCUUAUCCCAUGUUGGUAUUAGUUGGUCCACAAGCCGGAGGGAAACGGGAACUUGCUCACCGCCUCUGCCGCCAGUUCUCUACUUUCUUCAGAUACGGUUCCUGUCAUACCACAAGACUUCCCUACUUUGGAGAAGGGGACCGAGUAGAUUAUAAUUUUAUUUCUGAGGAGGUUUUUGCCGAAAUGCUGAACAUGGGAAAAUUUAUUUUGACCUAUAAAUAUAACAAGCAUAAUUACGGACUAACUAGGGAUACGGUAGAAGGUAUUGCAAGAGAAGGCCUGGCAAGUUGUAUUCAUAUGGAUAUAGAGGGUGUGAGAAGUUUGAAACAUUCCUACUUUGAGCCUCGAUAUAUCCUGCUAGUGCCAAUGAACAAAGUAAAAUAUGAAGGGAAUUUACGGAGAAUGGGACUCUUCAGUCGUUCUGAGAUUGAAUUUUCUGUCGCAAGAGUUGAUUAUUAUAUUGAAAUAAAUCAAGAUUUUCCAGGUUACUUUGAUGCGUUAAUCAAUACAGAUGACCUAAAUACUGCCUAUCAGAAUCUGUGCCAGCUCAUUAGAGAAUACCUGGGUUUGUCUGAUCAACUUGGCAAGGAUAUGUCUGACAUCACAGAUUUUAGCAAGGAAGUAUAUGCCAGGAGAUCACCAGAAAAUGAAGAAUUUUUUUGGCACCUUUCUUCAAAUUCUCUAUUCAGUGAUUUUCUGGACUCCACAGACAGAAAUUAUGUUAUUAGCUUAUCAGCCAGACUUUUAGCAGAAGAAAUACCAGCGAAGGGUUGGACAAUGCCAUCUGCAAACAGCCAAUGCUAUCUUAGCACACUGGAAGUGACUGAUUAGACAUGAGCCCAUGAAUUUGUUUGGUAAAAAUGAAAAAAAAAAAGAAGAGUCUCCUCCCAUGUACUGAAGCUAUCCUGAAAGACUGACCUACAACUAUCACCAGAGAUGUCCCAGAUUUUGCUGUUGCUUUUUUUUUCUCCUUGCCAUGUUUUUCUUUUUAAACAUACAGGUGCAAUGAUGUUAUAAAACUUCAGAUUUUCAUGGGGCUUUAUCACAUUUCUUAAUUUGUUCCUAAAGAGAGAGAUUUUUAUUAAUCCAGGAUCUCGGAGGUGGUGUGCAGAUGGUGCUACAAAAUAUACUUGGCUAAUAUCCUUUGUUAAUAGCUGCCCAAGAGCAGCAUUUAAAAAGACUCAAGAGAAAACACUAAAAUUUCGGUGAUGUGCUGAAUUAUGCCUUUUUUGACAGAGCUGGUUGCAUAUAUUUUGGGAACAGAUUCAAGCCAUUGAUGCUACUUCUAGUGAAAGUUAGCAUUUUGGAGGCAGCUGGAUGGCUCAUUGAAUAGAGCCAGACCUAGAGAUGAUGGAAGACCCUGGGUUCAAAUUUGGCUUCAGACACUUCAUAGCUGUGUGACCCUGGGUAGGUCACUUAGCCUGCAUUGCCAAGCCCUUACCACUCUUCUGCCUUAGAACCAAUAUUUAGUAUUGAUUUCUAAGAUGAAAGAUUAGGAUUUUGAAAAGAAAACUAGCAUUUUAAUGUUGGAGAAAGACAGAAAUAGUCAGCAGUUGACCCUUUCCAUUAACAGUUUUUGAUUGUUCGAAAGCUUUCCUUCCAACAGUGCCAGAAAUAGAUUAAAAUAAAUAAUAAAACCUUGUUAAUUGUUUUUAGAGGAGAACUUUUGCACUAAAAAGCAAAAUUGGUUAAUCUACCUCAUCACAUAUAGUUCCCCUUUCCUCCUGGAGACUUUAUCAAAAAUGAGAAAGGGUAUGAUUAAUUUUUGAAUGAUCAAAUUAUUCUUUUUCAAAUAAUUUCCCUCCCUUUCUUCACAAUUGCUCCAAACUCACUUGCCUGAUGCCUUUCCAGAUUGUGGUUGUUUAAGUCCGGUCACACAUCUCAUCUUCUGUUCUUUGAAUUUCCAUUAUUAGUUAAUAACUAAGCUUUCUCUGACCUUAUCUCCCCUUUCCUCUCCAAUUCCUCUCAACUUAAAAAAAAAUUCUCCCUCUUUACAUGUUCUUUGAGCACUGUCUGAGUCUAGCAAAUACUCAUAUCACAUUCUACCAUGUAUCAUAUUUCUGUGUGAAUACAUCUAAUCUCCUACCAUAUUCUGCAAUUUUGGAGGCUAGAGACUGCUUCUUUUUAGCUUUUCUAUCCCCAAUUCUUUGCACAUACCACACACCUGUAAAUGCUUUUUGCAUUGAAUUGAGACUAUUUUUCCUAGGACUUGUGGGAAUCACUUAGUAUAUUAUAAUUAUAUUUCAUACGCUUACUAGCCAUUCAUUCAAAAAUAUUUAUUGAAUACCUUCUACAUGCAGAAUAUUGCACUGAAAGAAAUUUAAAGGAAGUUCUCAAGGAGCUUGCCGUAUUAGAGGAGAAAUGACAUUUACUCAUAACAAUAAAAUAUAAAUACGAAGAGAACAUAAGUGCAUUAGAGAAGGGGAUGAUGCAAAUUCCUAGGAGGAAAAGAUAAGUUUUUACUAAGGAGAUUAAAGAAGGCUUCUAAAAAAAAAAAGUAGCAUUUGAGGAGAGGCUGGGAGGAUGGGUAGGAUUUCAAUAAUGAGGUUUUGGACACUGGAAUCUUUGGAGAUGCAAAACUAUGCCUGUUUUUUAAAUGAGUAUAAAGUUCUAAUUUGGCUUACCCCUUUUCUAUUAUACAUUCUUUGGCACAUCUUGGUACAACAAUGUCCCAUACCUCUGUAAAUCCUUAGUAGUUUUUAUUGACUUGAUGACUUUUUUAAAUUAAUUUCUUCUUCCCUCUCACUCUUUUUUCUCACCUUAUUAUUUUUUCUCUUUUGAUGGCCUGCUUUUCCCUCUACUUUUCACUUUAUGUCUAUAAGAUAUCCUUUUAGGGGCACUAGGAAGGACUCCAUGCCAGCCCAGUAGUGGCUCCAUUUUGUGCCAUAGUACUUUGAAUGGAGUAAACUCCAAGGUUGAAUGUCAAGCAUCCUCCAGUAUGUGAUGGAUGGGGACUAUUUGGAGGGAGAUGAGGACAAGAUCAGGGCUUUCCUGAGCCUGUUAGAAUGGACUCCAGAGGUCUAGUCCAGCUUGUAGUUGAACAAGGAUCUCCUCUGCAGUAUCCUCAGCAAGUGCUCAUUCAACUCUUAUUGGAAAGCUUUCAAAGAGUCAGUAUAGCAUAGUGGAUAGGGAGCUAGACCAAUAGCCAGGAAGACCUGGGUUCAAAUCCUGCAUCUGACAAUUAUUAUUUGUGUGACUCUGGGCAAAUAAUUUAACUUUCCUGUGCCUGUUUUUUCUUCUGUAAAAUAAAGGGGUUGGGUUGGACUUAAUGCCACCAAGGACUCUCCAACUGAUGAUCACUGUGAGGUCAAAUAAAACCAUAUAAACUCUUUUCUAAACCAUAAUGACCCACACAAAUGUCAACCAUCAUUAUUGUUAUUUUUCUAGGUACUAUACCAUCAUCUUUUUCACUCCCUGGUGUCUCCUUUUACUUUUUUUUAGUUAAAUGAAUUUUUAUUAAUUUAACAAAAUUUAUUUCCUCUCCCUGUUAUCCCCCCCUUAAAGCUUCCUCAGAGGGGAGAGAAGCUUUAAGGUAGGAAAAUAGAAACAGGAUAGAAGUUUUAGAUACCACGAGGGGGAUGACAGAGUCUUUAUUAAUUAUCCAUAAGCCACAGCCAAGCUUUGAUCAAAGGACCACUCCGAAGGCUUUUAUGAGUCCAGAGAUCCACAUUUAAUACCACACAGGUCAGAGAGAUGAUAGAGAAAGAUUAAAGAUGGAGCCUGGCCAAAGGCCAGGCUCCAGCAAGGACAGCCAUCAGUACGAGCUGGAAGGGAGCAAGAGCAGAAGAGAGCGAGGCGGAGCUGGCUGGGCCCUAUUUAAUCUCUUUGAUAUGCAAAUAUACACAGUACAUAGGGAUGAUGAUCAUUGGUUAAUGACAAGGUAUAAGUGUGGUUUCUCUUAACCAGGUGAGCACAAAGAAACCUGUGUUCCCGCCUAACCUGGGGGAAGCUGGGGUCAAAGGUCAGAGGCUUUCCCAGCCAUGUGCAAGACUGAGCAUGCUCAAGACUGAGCAUGCUCUCUUCUAAGACAAUCUGUACAUACCAACUGUUCCCCUUGCCCAUAGCUAGGGGUGGACUGCUACACCUCUCUUCUAGAUGAAACAGCAAAAAAGAGAAAACCCUUGUAAAAAUAUGUAAAAUUAAGCCAAAAAAUUCUCCCAUUGGCCAUGUUCCAAAAAAACUGUUUUGGGCUAUACCCUAAGUCUAUCUGUUGAAUGGGUAGCAUGUUUCACUAUGAAUCCUCUGGAUUUGUGGAUGGUCUUGUGUUGCUCAGAGUUCUUCAACCUUUCAGUGUUGUUUGUCUUUACUCUGUUGUCAAUAUGAAAAUUGUUCUCCUGGUUCUACUGUAUAAAUGGAAGUUUUGAGCUUUUGGACUUCUCACUUGACUAUACUUCAUUUCAUACAAAUCUCUGAAGCUUUCUCAGAUACCAACCCUCAUCAAUUAUCCUGAUCCAUUCAAAUAGCACACUAAUAUUUUAUUCCAUUCAUGUACCAUGAUUUGUUUUUUGUUGUUGUUUAGUCAUUUUUCAGUCACAGCUGAUUCUAUAUGACCCCACAUGUGGUUUUCUUGGCAAAGAUACUGACAUAGUUUGCCAUUUCCUUCUGCAAUUCAUUUUUCACAGGAGGAAACUGAGCUAAGCAGUGUUAAGUGCCUUGCCCAGGGUCCCACAGCUAGUAAGUACGUGAGGCUAGAUUUGAACUCAGAUCUUCUUUAUUCCAGGCCUGGUAUUCUAUUCCUGGGUCAAAGGGUGUGAAUAUACCCUUUAUAGUCUU